UCAAACCAGCCGAAAAGUUCAGACUUGCUUUGGAAGAUUUGUGGUUUUAUUCCUUUUUUCGUUUGGAUUUGGUGCCUCGAAUUCAACCGUUGAUCGUCGAACGGAAAGAGCAAAAGUUUCUCCAACUCCCAAAACGUUAAUUUGCAGGUUCCCCCCGUCGAUUGGCAGGUCGAAUUGAAUCGACGAACUCGCAAUGGUUAAACGGAAGGUGCAGCCGCUGAUCGAUUCCGAAAGUAGCAGCAAUUCCGAUUCCGGAUCGGAUUUGGAUUCGGAGCUGCUAUCGUUGACCAAGAAGAAGAAACCGGCCCGGUUGGCAUCGAAUUCCCCCGGCGGCAAAUCGUCCGAUUCGGACUCCGGGGACGAUUCGGAACCGGAAUCGGCCCCGCAGCGUAAGAAACGCAAUGUCAAACCUGCCUCUUCGUCAGAGUCCGAAGAUGACGAUGACGACGACGAUGAAGACGAUGAGGAGGAGGACGAGUCGGAACCGGAGGACAAGAAGAAACCUGCGGCCAGAUCUGCGGCCGCAGCAGCAGCACCAACCGGUACCAAACGAAAGCAACCGAUGGAUGACGAUCAGGAGGACAAAUCCGAACCCGAGGAAGGCCAAGUGACGAGCGAUGAGGAAAGCGGUUCUGGGUCCGGCUCUGGGGAGGAGAGCGAUGAUGAAAGUGGCAGUAGUAGUAGUAGCGAUUCCGAAUUCGACGAUGGUUUCGAUGAAAAUUUGAUGGGCGACGAGGCGGAUCGGGCUCGGCUAAAUGGGUUGUCGGAAAAAGAACGAGAAACGGAAAUUUUCAAACGUAUCGAAAGACGUGAUGUUAUGAAAACACGUUGGGAGAUCGAAAGGAAGCUUAAGCUGGCUAAAAAGGCAGAGCGAGCCAAGGACAAGGAAUCGCAGCCACCCAAAAAGAAGAAGAAGAAGGAGAAAACUAAAAAGAAGCCUGUCGUUCAGAAAGAACCGGAAGUCAAGAAGAAAGUUAAGGCCCCCUCACCGGAACCAAAAGAGCCUUCCCCACCCCCGAGGCAGGAGAAAGAAUCGGACGAUUCCGAGGAUGAGGCUGGCGAUGAGAGUCCUAUUUCUUCACCGGAGAAAUCCUCCAAAGAAAAUGAAUCUGCAUCUGGCGCUUCAGAUUAUUUCGAUCCCAAGGAACGAUCUAAAGAGCGGAAGAAGAAUGUCGAAGCAAAUCGAACCAAUGACAAACGAAGCGAUGCCAUGGCCAUGCUUAAAGCAAAACGUGAAGGUAAAGCCAAACGCGAGGAAGAAGAAGCUAAAAAAGAAGCCCAGAAGAAAGCUGAAGCUGAAGAUCAGGAUGACUCAGACGAUGCACCAGGUGGCAAGUCGCAGAAACUGAAAGCAUCAGAUAUCUACUCGGAUGACAGCGGAAGCGAUAGCGACGAUGAGAAGAAAUCGGAUCGUCGUUCCCGGUCCGGUUCCAGCAGCGGCAGUGGCAGCGACAGUCGCUCAUCUUCGGACAGUGAAACGGAAGCUGGCGAGGACAACAAAGAGAAGAGCUCGAGCAGCUCCAGCAAAAAAUCUGUGGCAAUUAGCACUAGAGAUGAACUUAAUAAGCUCCGAAUCUCGCGUCAUAAGUUGGAACGCUUUAUCACGCUUCCGAUGUUCGAAAAACUCGUAAUGAAUAGUUUUGUACGGAUAAAUAUUGGCAAUAAUAAUGGAAAACCGGUCUACCGGGUGGCGGAAAUUGUCGGGAUCGUGGAAACCGCAAAAAUCUAUCAGUUUGGCAAGGGUCGCACCAAUAAAGGUUUCCGUUUGAAGCAUGGCAGCCAGGAGCGGGUAUUCAGAUUGGAAUUCGUUUCAAAUCAAGACUUCACCGAGAGCGAGUAUCAAAAAUGGUUGACCGUCUGUGCAGCCACCGGGACGUCCCUUCCCAACGUCGACUUAAUCGAAAGGAAAGCCAACGAUGUCAAAGGAGCAAUCGGGUAUGAGUAUAAGGAUGCGGACGUCGAUAAAAUUAUCGAAGAAAAGAACCGAUUCCGUGCUCAUCCAACGAAUUAUGCCAUGAAAAAGACAUUACUAAUGAAGGAACGUGACGCAGCUCAGCUACGGGGAGAAGAUGAGUUAGCCCGAGAUCUAAAUACUCAGAUUUUAGAACUGGAAGAACGCGCCAGCAUGCUCGACAAGAGGCGUAGCAGCAGUAUUAGUUUGAUUUCGUACAUCAACGAUCGUAACCGGAAGCGCAACGUCGAAGACGCGGAAAAGGCGAUCAAAGAAGAAAUCCGCGCCAAUCGUGGUAUCAAAAUUGAAGAUCCCUUCACACGACGCCAAACGCAACCUCGGAUGUCCUUCAAAGCCUCCGAAAAAGAGAAGGAAACUCCUACGAUGCAAAUGCCUGCACCACCGCCCCCGGGACAGAAAAAGAAACCUGACGAAAAGAAAGCUGCCUCGUCGAGCUCAGACAACAACCUAUACUCGCUGCAUGAUUUCGAGAUUGAUCUAGAUUUGCCGCUACCGAUAAGCUCGGUCAAUGUUCUUCCGAAGCCGGUUGAAAAACCGGUAAAAGAGUCCGGCCCCAAACGCUCACUUAAUCUGGAAGAUUACAAAAAGAAACGCGGUCUGAUUUAGAAGCACGGCGUAGUUCCGCGGCUCCUCAAGGGCGAAGCACAUCAACCACAUUUCUUCUGUAGCUAAAACUAUAUUGUGUGCGUAAAUAUCUUCAGAUGGCAGGUGUAAAGUGCAAAUCUACUAGGAACAACACCCACUUGUUGACAAAAUAUCAACUCACUUAAAAGGUAACACACAAAAUCACUAUAUUAUACGAAUGAUAUAGAUUGCGUGAUCAACAAGACAGCGUAUGCAACCAACCUCAGAGAAACGAACAAUUGGCAGCGGAGGAUGCCAAAUAACUAUCAGGUUAACGACACAUGGGUUAUCAGAUUGUAUAUUUCAGUUGUCAAUAUUCCAUGCUGCUCCCAAGGUUUCAUUUUUUUAUGUUGAUCGAAAAUUUUACAAUACGAACAAACUUAUUUGUAUUUCUUCCUUUUCCUGACCAAGAAGAACACACCGAACUCUGAGAGCAUCCCCCCACUAAGAAAGUAAACCGGCAAACAAGUGCUUAAUCAGUCUUGUUUCCUUUUAAUAUUUAUUUGUUCCAUCUCUUCGAGUAGUAGUAUGUUCAGUUUCUUUCACUUGCCGAACAACGUUUAACACGUGUAGGAUAUUCAAUUAAUAAUAUAUAGUUAUUGAUCAGAAAGAGAGCAACCGAUCGUGUCGUUUGGGUACCAACCCCGUUCGGAAGAAGAAGUAGCAUCCAGACUCUUCAGAUGUCUGAAAUUGUUCUUUCGCCGUACGGUAUAAUAAACACAUGAAUUGUUAUGAUUCAGGUACUACUACUAUAAA